AAAAACUUACCCUCAACCUCUCCGUGAAUUAUUGGUGAUGGAAAGAUGGCCCGGCUAUGAACUCGCCAACAAACCAGAUCAUGUCUGAUACAGUUUGAUCACAAUACAUUUCGCUGCGUACUGCGCAGAGCUCAAAACUUGCGACCCGACCAUGGCUUUCGAAGCAGAAAACGACCUCCGCGCCUAUCUCACUGAGACGAUCCUCCCCGUUCAUUUGCGGGGACAGGGAGCGCAAGUGCAGGGUCCUAUUCUGACCGGCUUCAGCACCCCAGGAUUGUCUGUGGCCGUUCUUCCCGCGACUCGCACCAAGGAAGAAUACUCCAAGGCAGAGAUUCUGUCCUGUGCGUUUGGUGUGCGGGAUAUCUCGGAUGCCAGCAGCGCAGUGGAUGGCGAGACGAUCUUCCAGGGAGCAAGUAUCUCAAAGCCCUUUACCGCGAUGGCUGUUCUGCGUCUCGUUGCGCAAGGGAAGCUCGAUCUGGAUGUUGAUGUGGGAGAAUAUCUCGCCCUGGCCAAAGAGUCGGGUGUUCGACGCGAGGAUCUGCACCGAUCGGCUGUGGUGAACCCCGAAACUGCACCCAGAACGCCCAUCACCCUGCGGCUCCUCCUAGCCCAUAGAUCGGGGCUCAGCACUGUGUCAGGUCUGGCCGGAUACUAUGGAGACUUCCACGACAUCCCCCCUACUGUUGCUACGCUGAAUGGCGCGGCACCGGCGAACAACCACCCCAUCCGCGCGUUUACGUUUCCGGGCCUUGGGACGUCAUAUUCGGGAGGCGGGACCACACUCGUGCAACACAUCCUAACGCUGGUCACCGGGAAGCCGUUCCCCGUGCUCAUGCGGGAGCUGGUGUUGGACCCGCUCGGGAUGUCUCGCAGCACGUACGAACAGCCGAUCCACGGCGGACAAGCUGCCCGCGUCAACUACGCCCAAGCGCACCACACGUCGUUCAUGGGAUAUGCCGUGCCGAACUUGAUCUACCCCGAGAUGGCGGCGGCAGGUCUGUGGACGACGCCCAGUGACAUUCUCAAAGGACUGCGCGCCGUGUACGACUGCCUUGACGGUGGAAACAAUGCGGGAGAGGAACCAUUCCUGCCUGCUGCUCUCGUUGCCGACGCUUUCACGGAAAACAAUGGAUUCGGAGGAUUCGGAAUCGGGUGGCAGCUGAAGACUACCGAUGUCAAGAGACGGCGCGUCCUGAUUGGCCACGGCGGCCAGAACCAAGGCUUUCUGAGCGGCGUUGUGCUUGCAGUCGACUUGCCUCCGGUUGGCUCGACUGCGCGUGACGCGAAAUACAAGCCCCCUGUCGGGAUCGCCUGGAUGAGCAACAGCGACCACGGAACGCAGCUGGGCUACCGCAUCGUCUCAGCGCUCGGUUGGCUUGUGAAUGAACCGCUGAAUCUCAGCAGCGGACCUUCCGACCUGUUCUUCCCGGCGCUCUCUGUCACGGCUGCUCACCAGGCUAAAGUGGCGCGGCAGAUCGAAGGGUGGCGUGACUGGCUGGGAACGUGGAAGAUGACCGACGGCGGGGACGAGUCGGUCUUUGGAUCCAAGGCAACUGUGGACAUCGAAGAAUCGCUCGGCGGUAGUCCCGUCAUGAGCCUUUCCGUGGUUCCGGACCCGCGAGCACAGUUUGUGCUGCUUCCUGCCGCUGUCUACCAUGCGGAUGAGAGUGACGAGAUUGUUUGGGUUGUCAGGGACAUGAAUGUCUCCGUUGCCAUGAAGAAUGUGAAGGACAAGAGGACCGUCGAGAUCUGGCAGAACGGGGCAAGAUAUGCAGCUGAGCGGGUUUGACUUGGCAGGCCGCGUUCAUGUGCAGGUGGCAAACAACUGACGCUCGUAAUAUACACGCCCACCUGUCGAAAUUGAAUACAGCACAGCACCCUGCUCAUAAUGAAUUUCCGCGAUUUCCGCGGAAGUAGGCCCUCCGAUCAUCCUCCAUGAUGUAAUUCUGCACUAAACGGGAAUACACGUGCCAUAUCCGUUUACCCUCAACCCCGGCGGCACAAAUAAUGAACGGCAGCAACCUUCUCUCUCCCCUCUCACACCCCAACUUUGACGACCACGGAGAAGUGAUGGGCUCACGCAACCUGGAGGACGUGCCUGAGGAGGACUCGCCGCUCUCACCCAACUCCCGUGGUUCGCGUAAAGCACCCAGCGUCCGAACUCUGGGUCGCACGAAUUCAGGGGGCGAAAGCAGUCCCGUGUUGCGCUCGAACUCCAAGCUCUCCUCGUCCACCCCGGGCUCCGCAUCCUCCUCGACCACGAACCUGAAAGAAAGCAGCGUGAGCCUGAAGUCGAAGGGCAGUUCAGGCACGCUUCGAAAACCGAGGAGCAGCGCGAAACUUCAACAGCAGCAAGAGCCAGAGCCGGACGCGCCCUCUGCACCUAGCACCUCCCUGUACUGGUCGAAGGCGCCGUCGUUUGGGGCGAUGCCCACGAGGAUCAUGCGGGCACACACCGUGACACUGGUAGAGACGACACAAGCGUGGUUAUUCGGGGGAUGCGAUGACAAGGAGUGCUCAACGGACGUGUUUCUGUUCGACGUGGAUACCCUGCAUUGGUCUCGCGUAGACACGAUCGGAGACCGGCCUCCGCCAUCGCGGGCGCAUACUACUACCGCCGUGGACAGAAAACUCGUCGUGUUUGGAGGUGGACAGGGAUCCACGUACUCCGAUGCCGUCUACGUCUUCGACACCGUGACGCGACGAUGGUCGCGUCCGAUGAUCACGGGCCCGCGGCCACCUCCACGGCGCGCUCACACGAGCGUGUACUACCGGGGGAAGAUCUACGUAUUUGGCGGAGGGAACGGCAUGACUGCGCUCAACGAUGUCUGGACGCUGGACGUGACGAACACCGGGAGGAUGGAAUGGCAGGAGGUGCAGACGGGUGGGCGAAAGCCCGGUCACCGAGGCUAUCACACGGCGAAUCUCGUGGGCAACAUCAUGAUCGUCGUCGGGGGGAGCGAUGGCAGGGACUGUUUCAAUGACAUCUGGUGUCUGAACCUUGAUACGUUACAAUGGUCCAAUCUACCUCUGGACACGGCCCAUCGCCGUCUUUCCCAUACUUCCACGCAGAUCGGAUCUUAUCUGUUCAUCAUUGGGGGCCACGAUGGCUCGCAAUAUCGACGUGAUCUGCUGCUUUUCAAUCUAGUCACGCUUGCCUACGAACCUGGCACAGCACUCGGCAGGGCCCCCGGGCCACGAGGAUACCAUGUCAGUCUAGUAUCUGACAGCCGCCUGUUCUUGUUCGGAGGAUUCAGUGGGUCGGCACCCUUUGACGAGGUGUAUAUCCUCGAUCUCGCUGCUGCCGCCUAUCUCCCCCAAGUGACUCAAUUUGACAUUCUCCUCCCGGAUUAGGGUGUAUAUCUAACUGUGUAUAUGUUGUAUCUUAAGUUGUGGAUCUGCUGUAAAUACCAAAAUAGAGUCCACUGGUCAGUGCGAAUGGGCGCAUUCAUGGAUUAUAAUCAUUUAUCGGCGACGGGCAGCUCCAGAAUCAGAGUGUGACAGCCCAAGACAGAGCAGCAAUAAAUCAAAGCAUAGUGGGGCAUGAGUCUGUUUUGCAACGCAGGCACGCAGUAUUCCUCGGGAGAUGAUCAUUAGCGGCAGAAAGAUCGACCCAUUAUUCUUUGACGAGGGCCGGCCAGACUCCCGAGCCUGUGAAUCGUGUUCGCCAGCCCCGGUGUUCGCUCGGACUAAGCGCUGGGGUGCGGUGCAUUGUAUGUGGGGGUGUAUGUGGGGAUUUUGGUCGUCGGUGGUGAAGCUGGACAUCCGGCAGACUGACGUACAGAUAACGGACAGUGUGGGGCUGAGUUGGAAGUAGCAAAGAUUGAUGUAGGCGAAGACGGGACAGCUCAAGGCGUUCAUACGCCGUCGACUGGAUAGAGCAAGUACUGCCCUCAGAUUCGAAUAAUGUCAGAUCUGAUGAAAUAGUGUUCCAACUAGAGCUCCUGAGAUACCCAUGUGUGAAUCAGCUAUCACCUCGCGUGAGAGAUCUUCACAUUGAAAUAGAGCGCCGGUGAAGAUAUCAUGAUUAUGACCCGCGAUUCCUGACGGGUUGGAGGCCCGGCAAACAAGAUGUAUCCGAAUGGACGAUCUGGGAGGGUGUGGAUGUGCUUGGUUUCUACUUUUCUUGGAGCUUAGCCGACCAUAGCGUUGAAAAUUCUUGCAGAAAUUCAAGAAAGUGGGGGCUGA